UUUUAUCAGGUAACUAUGGGAACCGGUCACAGUUUGUUGACGUCCAGGCAGUGUCCGUCACCGAAAAUCGGUUCACAUCGAACUGCGUGCAAAUUCGAAAUGGCGGACGAAGAAAAUUUCUCAUGGGUUUUUGAAUCCUUGGUAGGAUUUUUGAAAGGUCCCGUAUGGGAAGCUGCAGUCCUAACUUUUAUAGAAAGGAAAUCUGUCGUGUUCGAUCCUGUCGACGGAGAUGAAGAAGAAUAUAAAAAGAUAUUUGAAGAAUAUAAGAAUUUGGUAGAUACGAUGUUGAGCAGCCAUAUGGAAGAUCUGGGUAUUAGUCCAGAAGAUUUUCAGAAAGCUUGCAGCGAGACAGAAAAAAAUAUUCAUUCACAAUUCAGGAAGAGUCUUUUCGAGCAGCUGUGGGCCGCAAACGAUUAUGAAAUCUUCAAGCGAAUGAUGACACAGAAGAAUCUCGAACUUCAGUUACAAGCUCUGGACUUGCUUGCGCAUCAGUAUGGAUUGCUUCCAGAAUCGUUCCUUCCUGGAGAAGAUUAUGAACCAUCCACCGAAGAGAAGAAGAUCAUGGAAAUUGUAAUAAAGCAAUACAUAGAAGAGAAUCCCGAGACUACAGUGGCUGAGGAGCAAAAUGAGCAAAAAGAAAUCAUUCAAGCAACCAAAGCUCAACUCGAAGAAGAGAGGCAGCGUGAAAUCAAACUCAUGGAAAAAGCUAUGGAAAGCUCUUUAAAUCCUACACCGAACAAUGAAGUAGCAGCUCCUUUGGAAAUAACUAAAAUGACUGAGGUGUCGCCAGAAGAGAUUCGUCGUCGCCAAGAGUACCUCCGCCAGCAACGAGAGAAGCUGCUGGCACUGAAGAAACAGGAACGCGAAAAGUUGCUUCAGAAAUACGAAGAAACUACGACCAGCCGUCCCAGGUCUGCUAGGGCGGCGCAAAGGGCGGUACUGGAAGAAAAGGCGGAACCCACCUCUGAUGCCAACGUUCAGGCGUUUAGAAAUUCAUUGGCUGCAAGAUUGAAGGCUGAAGUCAUCGAUAAAAAGUAAUACAGUGAAUCAAGACAUCGAAAAACAAUGCCAACUGACGAACAAAUCGAAAGUGACAUCCUAUACGUCGUUAAACCUAGUUUACAUGCUAUUGCUUUCAACUACUAAAAUAAUGAACUAAAAACAUAAGCCUUUGCUGAUAUGAAGUACUGAAUGUAUGGUUAAAAAAAUGUUGAUGUAUUUAAUUGUUCAAUAAUCUUUAUGAAAAGCAAAAGAAAUUUAGAAAUUUUGCUGUUUUACACAUUUAAAAGCAUUCUAUCUAUAUUUAUAUUUUCGCAAAUGUUGAUUGUUGUAUUUUUUUAUUAUUCACUUUAAAAUCACUUUGUACUUUUUAAAAAUAAAUUUUGCUUUUUAUUGUGCUGAACUGAUGCACUUCAAAGAUGCUGAAAUAAAUUUUGUGUUUUCAUCAUA